AUGACUUUGCCGGAGGCACAGGAGGAGGAGGUUCGCCAGAUCACAGAGACGGUUAGAUCGGCUUGGGACCCCGCGGUGGCACAGCAUCUCAUCACGUUGGACGAAGCAGAGAUGAGUCCAGAUGUCUCAGCGGCUGAUGCAAUGCGUGGCCUUAGCAUUGAUCAAUCUCAGCCGGCUCAGGGGACUUCUGGUUCGCAACGACCACCAGACUCCCAGAAGGAUAAAGAACCCACGCCACCACCAAACGCCCAGCCAUCAUCAGCCGCAAACAAAGAGAAUCCAGCUCCCCCCAGCAGUGAUCGUUCCGACUCGCCAAUCCCCCGCCGCACAAAGAAAAAGGCACCCAGGCAACCCUCAACCCCUCCGAGCGAGCCUCAAGAUUCCUCAGUUCGUUCAGGAAAGAAUAGACAACCAACGCCUACGCAGUACUCUGACGAUGAAGAAGAAGACGAAGAUGAAGAGGAAGACGAAGACGGAGACGAAAGUGCAGAGGAGAGAAACCGCAGGAGGAAAGAGCCCAAGUUUGUGGAUGUGGUGGCUGGAGUGGAUUAG